UAAUAUUUCACUGUCGUGUUGACUAGACAACUUAGUACAUCACGCUUAGUUCAAAUUAGUAGCUAAGUGAAAAUUUUUAAUUUGUCAGUGUACGAUUUUAUUGUAUCUAAGUGUUUUGUAUUGUUUUAAAGUGGAUAAAAAUUAAUUAUUAUGGCAAGUGGUAGCCGUAAUUGGCAAUAUUUAGCAUGUGUUUCAGGAAAUCUAGCAACAACAUGUAUUGGACAAGUGUUUACAUGGUCAUCCUCAGCUUUACAAAAAUUAAAAGGUGAUAAUUGGGAAGAAACAAGUCCUUUAUCACAUCCAGUCACAGUCGAACAAGAAUCAUGGAUUGGUUCAUUAGUACAAGUUGGUGCAAUAUUUGGUCCAAUAUUAUCAUUCAUUUUAGUGGAUAAAAUUGGACGCAAGAAAACUUUAAUUGCCACAGCUAUUCCAUAUAUUUUAAGUUGGAUUCUUUUAGCAACAACCAAAUCAGUUAUUCAAAUAUAUUGCGCACGGAUCAUUGCGGGUUUAAGUGUUGGUGCAGUUUUCGCUACGUUACCCGCAUACAUUGGGGAAAUUUCGGAUAAGGAAAUUCGUGGGGCAAUGGGAUCUUUCUUACAAUUAUUUUUAACAUUAGGUUUUAUGGUUUCAUUUACCGUCGGACCAUAUGUAUCGUUUAUAAAUUUCGCAAUAAUUUCAACAGUUGUACCAGUAUUAUUCUUAAUAAUCUUUCCAUUUAUGCCAGAAUCACCAUACUAUUUUCUAAAGCAUAAUGAUGAGAAAAAAGCAGGAGAAUCAUUAAUAAAAUUACGGGGGAAACCCGAUUCGGAUAUUCAGACAGAGCUUUUUGAAAUGAAAGCGUAUGUUGAAGCUUCGAAACAACGUAAAGGCCAGUUUACGGAUUUGAUUAAAGAAAAAGCGAUACGAAAAUCAAUGAUUAUUGCAAUUGGAUUAUUGGCUUUCCAACAAUUAUGUGGAAUGAACGCUGUUUUGGCUUAUACCGAAGAUAUUUUUAAGGCUGCAAAUGGAGAUUUACCAUCGGAAAUUAAUACAAUAAUUAUUGGUGCUGUGCAAGUUGUAAGCAGUUGUUUUGUUCCAUUAAUUGUAGAUCGUCUAGGACGUAAAUUAUUGUUACAAAUAUCUGGUGUUGCAAUGGCUAUUGGUUUAUUAUUUUUGGGAUUGUUUUUCUUAUUUAUGGAUCGGUUAAAUAUGGAUGUUUCGGCUGUACAAUUUUUACCAAUAACGUCUUUGGUUUUCUACGUAAUUGCAUUCUGUUUCGGUUUUGGAUCUGUACCUUGGGUUAUAGUAUCCGAAAUAUUUCCAUCACAUAUUAAAAGUCUUGCAUCAACUGUUCUGGCAUCAAUUUGUUGGAUUAUUGGAUUUUUGGUUAUCAAAUUUUUCCCAUUAUUGUUAGAUACAAUGGGUAAAGAUUAUGGUUUUUGGCUAUUUGGCGUAUUAUCAUUUAUGGGUGCAAUUUUUACAACGAUUUUAUUACCAGAAACGAAAGGAAAAUCCUUACAAGAAAUUCAAGAACUCUUGGAAAAUGGUUUAAGUUUACCAGAAAAACCUCAAAUUGAGAAAGCCUAAAAGUAUUGUAGUUUUUGUUUUUCAACUGUGAUGAAAGUGUUUUUGAAAAAUGA